CUGUGAUGCCAGGCAGAUCCAGUGCCAAGCUUUAGCUGUUGUAUCCAACACAGCGGCAUGUGGAUUUCGACUCGGCUGUAUUAACUGAAGAAGAAUUCAAACCAGCCUUGUCAGAAGGAAGGGCCUUCAACUCUACCUGCACUGUUAAGCCUACAGCCUCUGCAGACUGGAAAUUUUGCUGUUUCAUUGUCAUCAGUGAGCAAUUGUGGUAUCCCUGUCCUCUAGCACUUUUUCCACUGGAAAAUGGAAAUGAAGAGAAAUAUGGCAAAGUUGUUGUGGCUGCUGAUGCUCUUUUCCAAUAUUGUGCCAUUCAGCUGUGAGAAAUCAAUGAGAGAAAGAACUAUUGAGCUGAUGCAAGAUGCACGUUUGAUUGAUGGCCACAAUGACUUUGUACUGAAGCUGAGAAUACUUUACCAAAAUAGACUCAGUAAAGUCAACUUGAGAGAACUCAAUGUGACCCACACAAACCUUGUGAAACUUCAGGCUGGUUAUGUGGGAGCUCAGUUUUGGUCAGUGUAUGUUCUUUGCAGCGCUCAGAACAAGGAUGCUGUGCGCCUGACCUUAGAGCAAAUUGAUGUUGUCAAGAGGAUGUGUAACAGCUAUGAAGAACUGGAACUUGUGAUGACUUCCCAAGGUAUCUCUGACAGUAGAAGGAUUGCAUGUUUGAUUGGAAUAGAGGGUGGCCACUCCAUUGACAGCAGCUUGGCAACACUGAGGAUGUACUAUGACUUAGGUGUUCGUUACAUGACUUUAACACACUCCUGCAACACCCCUUGGUCUGAAUCAUCAUCAAAAGGAAUACACAACUUUUAUCCUGGUGUUAUUGGUCUGACUGCAUUUGGCCAAGAAGUGGUAAAGGAGAUGAAUCGCCUGGGUAUGCUGAUAGAUUUAUCUCAUACCUCAUACUCCACAGUAAAAACUGCCCUCAAUAUCUCAAAAGCACCAGUAAUUUUCAGCCACUCAUCAGCAUUUUCUGUUUGUAAUCACUCAAGAAAUGUUCCUGAUGAUAUCCUACAUCAACUGAAAAAGAACAAGGGAAUUAUCAUGGUGACUUUCAAUGCAGAUGUACUGGCCUGUGGCAGAAAAGUUGUUAAUAUUUCUACCCUUGCAGAUCAUUUUGACCAUAUAAAGGAAAUUGCAGGCUCAGAAUCGAUAGGAAUUGGUGGUGACUAUGAUGGAGUGGAACGCUUUCCUGAGGGAUUGGAAGAUGUCUCCAAAUACCCUUCUUUAAUAGAGGAACUUCUUAGAAGAGGAUGGAAUGAAACUGAACUGAAAGGAGUCUUAAGGGAAAACUUUCUCCGUGUCUUCAGGGAAGUAGAAAAUGUGCGGAACACUUUUGGAGUAAUGGAUGUAGGUGAAAGUGAAAUUCUGCAAGAAGUACAAAAUUCCUGUCGCCUAGACCUACGUAAGCCUCAGCUUCAGCCAUCCAGGUCCUUUGGAUUUCCUUCUAUGGCACAACCUCUUAGUCUGACACUUCUGUCAUGUUUAAUGCUGCAUUAUGGAUCAUGGAUCUAUGGAGCCUAGAGAGAGAUUUGUGGAGUACUCUGCAAUGCAACUACUUCUCUUCCUGUGAUUUCUUAAUGGAAAACUAUAAUAAAUUUUAAAAAUAAUUUCUAUAAAUUCAUAUGCAUACUUGAAAAGUCAUGUAAAUUAUAAAUGAUGUAGCAAAAGUAUUUAGAAUUUUAAUAUCAUCUUGGCUAGACCAGGACCUACAUUGUUAAUGGAGGAUAUUCACAUUUAAAGAAUAAAUUCUAUAAUACUUGAUGCAUGGUUUUGGUACCCAUAUUGUGGAAUAAAUACUGGAAUCCAGAACCAGCAGCUCCACACAAGAAUUAGCGAUUAUGAUUAAGACAUCUGUGCCAAGAAGUUUUCAAAUAUUACUUCUUGUUAAAUCAUACAACUUCUAUCAAUAGUUGAUGGCUUACUCAGAGAAGGCCAUCCCCUGCCAUAUGGGGAUAAGUGUUUUUUUUGGUUUGCUUGGGGUUGUUUUUUUGUAAGAUGACAGGAUGAGUGACAAACCUAUUCCAGUUUAAACUGCAUGACUACAACUAGCUUUAGAGACCCAUCCUGCAGUACUAAACUCUUAUUUUUGAACUCUGAUCAAGAGAGUGGGCAACUGGACAGAUGCUGAAGGGUGGAGGUAAAUCUCUUACAUUCAGGUGCAGACAAUAUUGUAGAUACUUUUCUAUAAUUUGUGGACAGCUGUUUGCAGCAUUUUCACGAUGAUGGGAGCAAGAACAAGUCAGGACAAAGCAGGGAUUCUGGCUAGUAAGAGGGUUGUGGAAAUAUUUUUGACAUUUAAACAAUUAUCCUUAUCAGUAACAUAUUUUAUUAUUUCAUUUCUAUUCUAGCUGGCUAAAAUCAGACCAUGGCCAGUGGAUUCAUAGACAUGAGAUUAGGGAAAGAUCUUUUUAUUAUAAAUCUGCUGUUUUGGCCUUUGUAAUAUGUUUUGAAAUACACAAGGUGUGUGAGGUUAGAUGCUCCUGUUGCAGAGAAGAGCAUAAAUUGAGAUAGGCCUGUUCUUUGUAGGUUCAAAACUGACAUUUUAGUCAAAUAUACUGAGAUUCAUUAUGAAAUUGUAAGAUAGCAGCACCACAUUGCUUUUGUAUGGUCAGUUCCCAAUGCUUGCUGGUAAGUGCUUUCCCAUGAUACUUACUGUUAAUUGUGAUUUUACUUUUAUUUACUGAUAUGACAUCUACAGAAUUUAGCCUUAAUGUAGAAUAAAAGCCUUGUAAUUGCUCUAAGGAAAGCAUUUGUAAACACACAAAGUAUUCAACAACUGAAAGAGAAGGCUGAGCAUGAACAGGAUGAAGAACAUUAUUUUUUUUCUAGAGGAAUUUGAGACUGUUCCUACCAUCAGUUUCUGCACUCUGUAGGGUUUCUGGAAGGAUCCUGUUCUUUUAUAGCUUCAAAAUUAAGCUUCAUUAAUUCUUUUGAUAAGAUGGUCUCCUUGAUAAAUAUAUUCUAAUUAUACUCCUGUACAUUACCAAAUUCUUUACAAAUCAUACGGAACAAUAUAGUUGCACACCAAAAAAGUCAACUUUUAAAGAAUAGUUUCUCAAUAAAUACUGAUCCUGGAUAUGCAUGUAGAAAAGGGAAUUACUGAUUCAGUAAUUCUGGCCUCCCUGAUAUUGUUUAACUAUCAUCAGAACACGUUUUACUGGCAAACUGAUGAACGCAAUAGGGCAAAUAUUUAAUUCCCACCAGUACUUCUUCUGAUAGGUUCAUAAGCUUAUGAAAACUGCCAUCCAUGGUCUCUUUUCUCAGAACUAGUACUCUGAUAUUUGUUACAUUACACAAAAUGUAAGACGCUUCUUUAUUCCUUCCAGCUGUUUUCUUUAUAGUGUAUGGUCACUUUACUGCCUGCUAAUUUUUGCUUUUUUUCCUUCCCAUACUACACAAUGGACUAAAAAUAUAUAUUCCUCUUCUUAAAGAUACAUAAAAUACAUUUAUAUUACUUGUCUUAUCUAUUAUGUAUUCUACUUAUUUGUUGACUGCUUGUGCAAUGAGUAAUUUGUAACCUUGUGG